AUGGCCGCGUCUGGCUCUUGCCUCCGCCGCUCUCCAUGGCAGGAUCUCCCGGCAGAGCUGCUGGGCCUCGUGCUCCUGCGGCUGCCGUCGCAUGCCGACCGCAUCCGCCUACCCGCCGUGUGCUGCGCGUGGCGCUCGGGCGCAAGGCUGCAGCACCCGCUGCCGCCGCCGCUCCCCUGGCUUGCCCUCCCCGACGGCACCUUCCUCAGCCUCCCCGACGGCGCCGUUCACAGCUUGGCGCCCGUCCCGGACGACGUCUUCUAUGGAUUUUCAACCGGAGGCGCGCUCUUCCUCGUUCAUGAAGGCCGCACGUUCUCCCUCAUGAGCCCUUCCUCCGAGGCGACUGUCACUCUCCCUGAGCCACCGUUCUGGUUUCCAACAGAUAAGAUCAGCAAGGUGGCGGUGUCCGAUCAUCUCGUCGCCGUUCUGCGCGAUUCAAGGGUCUCCGUCUAUACUCGCGGCGGCGGUGCAGCAUGGGCCAGCACAAGAUGCAUGGAGUGGGCGCCGCCUGCAUACAAUUCCAUCGCCGACAUUGCACUGUUCCAAGGGAAGCUCUACGUCCUUACCGGAGAAGACGAGCUACAUGUCCUGGACGCCGGGGAUCAGCAGAUCACGGAUGUCUGCUGCAUACGCAAAAUCCCUACCCCGAGCCAUGAUUACUACGACCUCGACAAUCUAUGGAACAACGAUGAUUAUUAUCAUGGCACUGACAUGCGCGUACGACGGGACUACCUCGUCGUGGCCGGAAAUCAGCUACUGAGGGUGGAACUAAUGAUCGUUACACCAGCGGUAUAUCCGCCAUGGAGGGUUGACACGGGGAUAGAUCCGCAACAGACUUACCGGUUCCAUGUCUUCGAAGCCGCAGACCUGAGCUGCGGCCAUGGACGGUGGAGGGAUGUCAGUACGUUGAUGGGGCGUGCACUCUUCGUCAGCCAAAGCUGCUCCGAGUCGGUCCCUGCCGCUGCCGGCAACCAAUUUGGCCACGCCGGAGUUCGAGAAGAUUGCAUUUACUUUGUGAACAAAGAUGAUAGUACCAUGUGCUGGGACUGGCCUAGAAGGAGGACUACUCAUGAUGAGAAUCCCUUUCUCGACUCCGGUGUCUACAACAUGAGAGACCAGACAGUAUCACCGCUGCCGUUGGAGACAUCAGGGGCGUCCACGCUGAGGACGUGUGAUGGUAUAUGGCCUCCCGCUUGGCUUUUUCCCAAAACUUGAGCUAGCUAGGCUGCUAAUGAUUGUUGUGUCAAGCUGCGUUUGUGGUACUACGUACUAUUAAUAAUUAAGAUUUUGGACCUGUCAGUUAGAAUUA